AUGGCGGACGAAAGCAAAAGGAAUGGUCCGAAACUAAAACGAAGGCGCAGCGAAGAAAGAGACAAGAAGAAAGACCACAAAAGAAUCCAUCCGAAUAAAAGAAAAAAGGAAGAGAAAAAUAAAAAAAUUAUUCAGCCGCGAAUACCGAAAACUGCUACCGACAUUUCAUCUAACUGGAAACUUCUACAAGUGGUAAGAAAUCACUAAGCAUCAGGUUAUUUCGGCUCCAUAAGGGCCAAGCCUUAGAAUACCCGCUCACUUUAUAUGCAUCUUUGAAAGUUGUUCCUGCAUUCCUGAAGUCGUAAAAAUUUAUAUUUAUUGACUAAAGGACCGUAAAGGACAGCGGAACUAAAUUUUAACAGAAUAACACUGCAUGCGGGACCACGGGAGCAGUUAGCAGUUGACAAAAUAUCGCUUCAAGUUGGCCGGGUAUUCUGAUGUUUUUCUUCCUAUCAUUUGAAACUCAAAUUAAUUUAGAAACACUUUUCGAUCGGACCCCAUACACUUAUUAUGCAUGCAGCAAUUUCGUACUUUUUAUCACAAAUCAGUUUAAUAUGAAUAGAGUCGAAACGUGUAUGCAUAAUAAAUGUAUAGGGUUAUACGGAAAUCUUACAAACAAAAAGCCAAAAAAGAGAAAAAAAUUCCUCAGCUGGGAGUCGCACCUCAGACAACACACUUGCAAAAUCAUCUUUUUUCUUCUUUGCCAUGCAGGGCUGUGCUCUAGCAGAGCCCGGUGGCCCUUGGCGCCUACCUUUUGCCCUGUGGUGACUAGAAAAUCUCAGAUUUUCCAUACAAUUCAUAUGCUGGGCACCCUAGAUUUUACAGUUUCAUAGCACUGGGCUUCCUUCAAUUUUCCUUAGAGCACAGCCUUACCAUGUCACCAAAUGUUAAAUGGACAAAACUAACCAGUUCAUAACCAUUUUUUAGUAUACGUGUCUGUUAAAAUUUCAGUUUUAGAGCAGAGAAUUUUUAAAUUUAAAAAUUGUAUGGUUGGAAUCCCUUACCUAUCAAAGUUCCACCCCUGACAUGCUUCUUGUUGGAGUGGUGUUCAUCUACACAAAGACUACAAGCCCAAUAUUAUUACUGGCUUGUACCCUUUUGCUUACAAAAUGCAUUUGUCCUUUGUAGGAGGCUACAAACAUAGCAUAUGCAUCAUAGGGAAGGCAUGUUAAUUUUGCACAGUAUUUUGUUGAUGUCGGAGAAGAUGGAGUUAAGAUGUACCUUUAUUUAGAUGACUGGGGUGAAAUCUUUUUUCAGAUGCUUAAAGAAGAAAGAAACGUUAAAAAAGAGAAGAGUGAUGGAAAAAGCAGAAGCAGAGCAAAACAGACUUUCAAGAAAAAGAUAAAAUUAAAUCAUCCAGAGGCUUCAGAGAAAACAAGGUUAAUAAAAACUGUGUUGACCAAAGCCUGGAAUUCUUGUUCGCUCAACUUUUCUUAAGUUCGCAUCCCUGCAAAGUGAAAACAACUACUCACUGCACUUUCCAAAACAAACGUGAAUUCUGAAGUUUAAAAGCCAGCUGCCUGCAUUUUUCUUUGCCAUCAAUCAUCUUAUCGGAGCUCUGGGGGCACACUAAUUUACUUCAAUGGGUUUAAAAGGUCAUGGUUUGUGAUUGGUGAUUGGUGGAUUCCGAUCCGUUUUUUGUGUUUCAAGGUUCGUGGCUUGUGAUAGUAGUAGUAUGAUUGAUGGCAUUUAAAAUGCAAUUGUGAAGGUGGCUUUUGAACCUCAGAGUUUGCAUGUAUUUGAAAAGUACAGUAAAAGUGUAUUAUUUUUUAUUACCUAGUCAUAUAUGUGAAUGUAGGUAAAGCUAGAGUGUUAGAUUUUUUUUUACAUUUAGGUAUUGGUUGUUUACAGUCUCUGAGACAUCCAAAAUGAGGUGUUUAUUAAGUCUGGGUUGAAAAAAAUGAGAACUUGUUCUGUCACACAAGUUGUUGGGAAUUUAUUACUGAUAACAAAAGCUAUUCCUUUCUGUUCUAAUGCCAAAAUGAUAACGCAUUAAAUAAAAUAAUGUAGAUUCACAAGUAGGUAAUCCCUUAGUACAAAAAUGGGAGUUCUCCCGAGAAAGUUUCAAAAAUACCUGUGAAAGGUACAGGAAUCUUGCAUUGCACAAAUGGCUACACUAUUAGAAAUAACAAAUAAAAAGUGGUGGGAAGAAUUAUUCUUCCCACCACUUUUUAGUGUGAUGCCUAAGAGGUCCUUAAAAGGUACCUGCUCCAGCUCUGAUGGGGAUUAUUUUAAAUUUUAGCCCCCUUGUUGAUACAAGUACAUGUACUUAAUUUUUACCAACAGAAAUAAGGUAUGACAAACACUCCUGUUGUUUUUAUUGGGGUUACCCGCUAGUGGGACAAUAGGGAGCUUUAGCAAUGACAACAGUGAUGGCAGCAAAAGCAUCACUAUUUAAAUGAAAUUUCACAUUUUUUUUUCAAGCUUUGUUGCAUUUAUUCCAGCUCACCUAAAAUGCCAAAAUUAAAUUAAUUUCCCUGGAGUUGAAUUUGUGGGGAGCACACCAAAGUUUAGAAAGAGAAACUCUCAAAUGUCUAUAACCUGUAUGUGGAAUGAUUUUCAAUGAAAAAAAAAAGCACACACACACACACACAACAAAAUGUAGGUUAUGAUUUCCCAGUUAAUGAAAUCUUUAUGCAUUUUUUGAACUGAUGAGUGCUGUUAUGUGUAAAAUGUUUUAUCAUUUUCAGAUCUAGUGAAGUUUGGUUUGAUGAUGUGGAUCCAGAGGAUCUUGAACAAGUGACAGGGAAAAGAAUGCGACUGACCAGCGAAGAUGUAGAUUCCACUUGUAAUGAAACACUUGUUACUGGUAAUUUUGAAGGGUUGGUAUUUUGAUACUUAUCCUCACUACUGUUUACUUGACCCAGAAGUCGUAAAGAGUGGUCUUUUUUCCUAAGACAACACACAUUUACACAUCAGCUGCCUUUAAUCACCUGUGUCAGACCCAUAUCCCUUGUACCAACCUAAGUAUGUGAUGCCAUCAGUUUCAAUCCCGAAGAGGGAGCGGGUGGGGGGGUACUCUAGAUUUCAAGUGACAGGGAUGAUUUAAAGAUUUUUGGGGGGCUGAAAUUUUCGAUUUCGAGAUUAUUUUGGGUAGGAAAAUUUUGGCAAGUAUUUUUUUUUGGGUAGCUUGAUUUAAGUACGGAUUUUUGGGGGUAUUCAAACCUAAUGUUUAUAUUUUUCAUGUUAUAUCAGUGAAUGCUUUCUGGAAAUUUUUAUUGCUCAGUAAUUCAGCAUGGGAUUUCGUGGGUUAAAUUUUGUUCUAGGGACUUUUUAGGGUUUGUGCCCCCAUUCAACCAUCCCUGUCACUUGAAAUCUGAAGUAACCCCCCCCCCCACCCACCCAGGUUUCAGGUUUCAAUAGCCAUUGUAGGUCACAAUGAAAAGUACUGAUUUACCACUUAUUGUGUUACCCCUAAAAAGUUCUUUUUUUAUACCUCAUUGAGUUGUCAAAUUUACAAUCAAAUAUUUCUUUGCUUGUGUUAGGAUAACAAAAAAGAUUGCCUUGGAUUGUGAGAUGGUAGGAGUUGGGUUUGAUGGAAAGCAGCACAUGCUGGCAAGAGUAUCUAUUGUCAACUCACAUGGUCAUGUUGUUUAUGACUCAUUUGUGGCACCACAGGAAAAAGUCAUGGAUUACAGAACUCCCAUUAGUGGUGUAAAACCAUCAGAUUUAAAAACUGGCAAGUUGCAGGACUUCAUUGCUUUUUAAUUUCCUUAGCCAGAUGCUAUUAAAAAAGAGUAAUUCUGUUAUUAUCAACAAUGUUAUCAGUUGAUCAGUCAUGUGCCAGACAGUAAGUUGUCAGUCCAUCUGUCAGUUAACCAGUCAGUUUGCAUGUAGUUAAUCAGUCAACAGCAUUAGUCUGUUAGUCAGUCAGUAAUUCUUUCAGUUAUUUCUGAAUUGUCAUUUAGUCAGCCAGUUAAGAAUCCAUCAAUAUUGUGAUCAGUGAUUGUUGUGAGUCCCUCAUUCAAUAAGUUGCCUUUUAUUUCCUCUCCAGUCUGUCAGGUACAAGAGUGACUUGUUUUAACUUUCCCAAAAAGUAAAUCGCAUAGUCAGACUUGAUUUAAUAAUGAUAGUUGAGCCUCCCUUAAGCAACCAUCCAAAAUGUUCAUGAUUCGGUGGUCGCAUACAAGAAUCAAACUUCAGAGUGUUUUUUCCAGAGCAGGUCCAGAUUUAUUGACUAUUGUAGAGACUUCAUUGCACUUUCUAAGUUAAGUAUACAUGUAGUUCCAUGUUGUUAUGGAAAGUUUAUUUGUAUACUGCGAGUGGCGUAGUACAUACAGCUGAACUAAGACACCACAUCACACCUGAAUCUUUGAAUUUAGAAGGCCUAAACACUCUGUCGAUUCACCUCAUGUGAAGUACAACAUCUGAGCCUUAUUCAUUCAUUAUUAUUAAAUCUAAAUUCUGUCACCGUUUAGUCGGUGAGUUACCAGUCAUUCAAACAUUCACCUGUGAGUUUAGAUACCUUUUUCGGCUUUUUUGUUUUGUGUGUCAAGUAAAGUGCUCAAGGGGCUCAAAGGCGUGUGCUCUAGUAGCUUAUCUGGACAUGGUUUUCUCAAAAAUACUUCUUCAUAAUUUUCUUUCCAGCCCCAGAUUUCAAGACAGUUCAACUAGAAGUUUCAAAACUUCUCAGGGGAAGAAUCCUUGUUGGACACGCUCUGAAAAAUGAUUUAGCGGUGUGUUUAUAUGAUUCCAUUGUGUUGUAAAGACUCUGUAGAUUUGUAACAUAGCUUCCCCCAAUGUAUUUUAGUUAUUAUGUUUUUUUUGCUGUUUUACGUCAAUUCUGUGCUGAAGUCAUUACUUUUCGUGCCUUUGACCAAACACAAAAUGCUCCUGUAGAUUUAUGAAGAAGAGAUUGAACAAAUUUUAUCAGGAAGCAUCAACCAUCAUAAUUUUUGAUGAUUUUUGCAGGCACAGCGAUUUAUAUUUAAAAAAUAAGGCCUAAUUUUGUCAAGUUUCAAUCCUUUUCCAUCCUUGCCAUCCACUGUAACAAACAACAGGAAACAGUUUCAUGCCUAAAUACAGUCUUCAGUAAAUAACAAAUGCGAAGAUACGUCAUUUUAGCUUUUUAAAGGGUAUCAAAGAGCGUGAUGCAGCUCUUUUUUAAAAGGCAAAGGUUUAGUGGAAUAAUGAUAAUAUUUUAUUCUGCAGGUAUUGUUCCUUGAUCAUCCACGAAAAAAUAUCCGAGAUACUGCUAAGUACAAGCCUUUUCAAGAAAGAGUCAAGGUGGGUAUUAAUUCAGUUUGUUUGUAAAGGUGAAGUUGUACAUGUGAGUCCUUGAUUUCAUGGUAGUCGGCCGGUAUUAGGACCAUAAGUAACACGUGAGAGCAGUAGCCGGAGAUGGGAGUGGAUAGGGCUUGUCUUAUCUAGAGAUCACAACCUUUGCGUGACAAGAAAAUCGAGCUAAGUUGGUAGACUACGAGUAGUCCCCAUUUUUUUUCCUCCACGUGCGAGACGCGAGAAGGAAAAUCACCCCACGCGAGAAAAGGCGACACGCGGUGGGGAAGGGUAUGUAUCGUAGGAUUCCCUGAGAAAAAAAUGGGGGAUGAAAUCCACCAGGGAGAAGGAGCUGAGAGAGACCGAAGGGUAUGUAUUGGGAUUGCAGAAAAAAAGGGGAUGAAAUUUGGGUAGAGGAGUUGGGCUGAUUUUCAGUGAGCCAUGCAAGAGAAGGCAUGAAUGGAGAGCUCUUCUUCGUGCCCUGUGCACCGCUAGGUGCGGAGAGACGAAGGAUUGCCAACACCAGUCACUCAACGAAGCUGUGUUGGUUAGCCAAGCAAAUGGUCCAAAAGUCUUUUAUUGACUAAAUCACGGCUAUAAUUCAUGAGCUUUGUAAAUCAUACAGUCAAACAAAACUGAGAUGCCAAAGUUUUUGAAAUUUAUGGGAAUGAAAUCCGGUGUAAUCUCAUUCAAUUCUGCCCGCAAUGCAUUUCCCCUUUGGUUUUCCUCUCCCCUACCCCCACUGGCUACCACGUGUAAAGAGUAACCCGACUGAGCGAAUUCUAGAUGCUCCCGUCCACCACACUGCAAUCUAGAGUUAAAUCUUUACAUAAAAAUGUCAGAAGUGAGGUAACCUCCAAUUACACUGUAAAAUCAAGAGAGAAUUAUCUCCCUGUACUUUCGCCUGGUCGGUGAUCGCCAGCGAACGGGACAGGCCGCCUGUUCAAACCACGGCCGGACAAUCAACUAGGAAUUACUGAGGAAAUAGUGCUACCACCUUUGUAAUAACAUCUGCAAAACGGUUAGACUUUCUUGUCUUCUUGGACAAGGACCCAAAAAAACUGUAGGCCCCGCCUCACAACCCUUGCCUAUCUAAAAAGUAUAUGGGGCGUUAAAGAACCCAAACACUGUUUGUAGAUUAGGCUCUAUUACUGAUUUCCGGCCGCUUUUCGGGAAAUGAGCUUGCGUUCCUGUUGCCAAAAAGACGGCUGGACGCGUGGGUUUACUGUUAUCGAUUUCCACCAAUCAGAUUGUUGCAUGCCCAAAUCGAACAGGGGAGGAAGCAGACCGGACACGAGAAAGCGGAGGAAAAUCGAGCCUCUUCGUAGAGAGAAGUGGGAUCUAUUCCAUUGUGUGGUGGGGGACAUUUAUAACUCAAUACUUCAUAGCGGCAAUAUUACCCAAACCAUUGUUGUAAAUCAUGUUACUCCUGAAAGCCCUGAGGGUAGUGAAUAAAAACUAAAGAUUUUUAAAUUUUACAAUUGUAAGUCACCGAUUGGUUAUUAUUUGUGUUCACGGUGAUGUCGGGCGCAUCAGAUUAGCCUGUCAGCAGGCUCUCUAUUGGGGAUGAGGGCUACAGGAAGGUGCGUAAGCGGUGCAGACGUUCCCUUCUUUCCGCACCUCGCUCCCUGGGUAGCCUGUUCACAAGCUGGCAUCAGACACAUACAGAUAAAUCACUCAUUCAUUCCUUAUGAACUUACAGAGUAAGAAGCCCGCGUUACGAACUUUGUCAAAGCAGCUACUGAACAUAACCAUUCAAGAGGGAGAGCAUUCUUCAGUAAGUGCGCCUCUUAGCGUAAAUCAACAAUGGAAGUCAGAAGUAUUGGGACGGUAGCCUUCAUAGCAAAUCGAGUUAGUACGCGAAAGUUAGAGCGGGAGCAAAAAAAAAAAGGUAGGAGGGGGAGGGGGAGGAGUUUUUUGCUCUUGUCCCAACUUUCUCGACGAACUCGCGCGGAAACCCUUGCUACGCAGGCUAUUGGGACGGCUGAACUUGAUAUUAGUAAAACCGGCUACUUCCCCCACCCUCUUCCCCUCCCCCUCCGCAAAAAACAAACAAAAGCAAUGUUACAUUGCGUGCAACCCGGAUACAGAGACAGAUAAGUUAUUCUGGGGGGCAUUGCCGUGGGAGGUGGGCAGAUCAAAAAGUAUUUAUUAGGAGUAGAGUCGUGGAUAGUAAGAACUUUGGAGGGUUUUCUUAACUGUUCCAUGUUGUUUUGCCCUCCAUUGACGGGUUAUUCCUUGAAGGCGAUUCUUAUAAUCAGACAGAGCACAUAUUCAUCUAUUCAUCAUAUAUAACCUGUCCGAGACAAAAAAUCCUUCGUUCAGCUAGACUGCGAGGCAGUCUCUUAUUUUUCUUUGCGAAAUCCUCCACUAGUAACCCAUUCACGCGAGCCUCAAUAAACUAGGACGUAAGUCCUAAUCCCUUAUUGUGACGUCGUUAUUUGCAGUCGCGCUGCUGGCCGCUGGCUGUGAUAAGAAAUGGACGGAUUGUAAGAGAAAAGACGGACUUCAAGCAGUCUAUCGUUCAUCACGUCUUCAGUGAAGACUUCUUCUGACAGCAACUCAAAUAUGAAUAAUUUAACUUAACCUGUAAUUUAUCUAAAAACCUAUUCAUCUAUAUAUCUAGACUGAGGAUGAAUAAAAUCUUCAUAACCUAAUAAUCUGUUCGCAGUAGUAAUUUGUUAAAUAGGAAGCCUAAACAACCACGUUUUUGAUCAACGAACGUCAACCGGAAGUGGACAUUUCGCGUUCUUGGGCAGUAGUUUUGUCCAAAUUUUCAAGCAAAUCGUUUCUAUAAGAGUAAAGACACAUAGCAUUACAAUUUGGUAGCGUUAAGGCAUAUUAAAAUGAUAGAGGCCUUACUUCUAGCCAGUAAUGUUUGUCGCUCAAAACGCCCUUCACUAUUGUGCUAGUGUCUGCACAGGCGGCCCAAAUGUUCUGUCUGGCGUUCCCAUCCGCAACACUAAGAAAAGUGUUUUUAUUGACAGGUACAAGACGCACAAGUGGCAAUGAAGCUUUACACGCUGCACAGAAAUCAGUGGGAAAGGCAGCUAAAAGAACUUAAAUUCAAACACUUAAAGAACGACAAAUCACAGAAAAAACUGGCUUCAAGGCAGAUUAGAUAGCAGUGUCUACGAAAAAAUGUUAACCUGGACUAUAACAGAUGACCUUGCAUGGGUUAUUAUCGAAAGAUAUUGGUGGUUCACAAGUAUUAGAAUAACUAUAUUUAUGAAUUAGAC